AUGGACGAGACGUUGGUUCUUUCAAAGUUUGACAAGCUGGUCAACUCUGGCUUGGUACUUUAUGAUCAAAACCAAGAGACCGUUCAACAUGUGGAUGGCGAAUUUGAGGUUAGCUCCGGAUUGUCUGAGGAAGCUGGGCUGCUACUAAAUGAGUCAACUCAGUUUCAUUUCCUGCUUACUUCGGCACUUGCAAAGAAACCUAUGCUGCGACCGCCAUCAUCGCACAAGAAUCCGGGACUAAACGGCGACAGAGUCGAUGGCAGCGAUAUAUCCACCAAAGGCUUCGAGAUUGGUCCAAUAGGCAAUGCCCAUUUUGUUAUUGCCAACAAAUUCUGCUACGCACGUCCACAUCUCAUGCUUCUAACGUGCGAUGGAUACCGAAGACAGUACGAGCCGUUGGACGAAGCCGGCUUGGAGGCUGCGCAAACGCUUCUCCUUUCCAUGAGCCAGGAUUUCGUCGUUUUCUUCAACUGUGGUCAAGAUGGAGGCUGCAGUCGACUGCACAAACAUAUGCAACUUAUCCCCAAACCACCUAACACUUUUGCGGACUUUCUGGAUAACGAGGCUUCUAGCAAUAGCCCUCCCCAGGUUCCAUUCCACUGGUUCUAUCAACGGGUUGAUGUUGCGAAUACCGACGCAAGGGAGCUUACCAAAGUCUACGCAAGUCUCCUCCAGCAGGCCACAGCCGUAGGUCAGGGGUUGGCUGAACAUGCAAAUUCGGCGCUACCAGGUGCGGCAUGCCCUCACAACUUUAUCAUGAGUAAACGAUGGAUGAUUGUCAUUCCAAGGCGUCGAGCGGGUAUCAACAAAGAAGCCGGGGCAAAUGCGCUGGGAAUGCUCGGAGUAAUUGCUGUUGCUACGAGAGCAGAGAUGGACAAUUGGAUCCGUCUUGGGUUGUCGGAAUCCCUCAGAAAAUUGGGAGUGCCAAAAUAG